UUUCAUGCUUGUUGAUUUCUUUUACUUUCACGAGCUCGAAACUCGUCAGACUAUCAGUGCAUCAUGAGGAGGAUGGCGGAGGAGAUUCAACCUCGCCAUGAGCAAAGUUCCUGGAUAUCAAACUGGCUUCCCUCUUGGUGCCCCACUUCUCCGUCUCAGCUCAAAGAUGCAGAGGAGAAAAUGCUCAAGACUGUGAGGCGGCCCUACUCCAGGCAGCACAUCCGCAUAUCGAACGACAACUACCUGUGGACCAUAGCGUUCUCCACUCAGCUCCACUCAUCGUCUCAGUUUCUCCCACAGCCUCCUGCCCAGCCCAGGACUCCUUUGGUUCUGCUGCACGGCUUCGGAGGCGGGGUUGCCCUCUGGGCCCAGAACCUGGACACUCUGUCCAGCUGCGGGCCCGUUUACGCUCUAGACUUGCUGGGCUUCGGCAGGAGCAGCCGCCCGCUGUUCAGCACCGACCCUGAGGGAGCUGAGGAGCAGUUUGUGGAAGCCCUGGAGGAGUGGAGGGAGAAGGUGGGCCUGCAGGAGAUGGUGCUGCUGGGACACAACCUUGGAGGAUAUCUGUCUGCGGCCUACACGCUCAAGUAUCCCAGCAGAGUGAAACAUCUUCUGCUGGUGGAGCCGUGGGGAUUCCCAGAACGCCCAGAGAACCCCAACCAUCACUCCAUCCCCGUGUGGAUCAGAGCCAUCGGAGCCAUCAUGAGCCCCUUCAACCCUCUGGCUGGUCUCAGGCUGGCCGGGCCUUUGGGUCCGAUGCUGGUCCAGACCAUCAGGUCCGAUUUCAAGCAGAAGUACUCCUCUGUGUUUGACGACAACACCGUGUCCGACUACAUCUACCACCUGAACGCUCAGACUCCCAGCGGAGAGACGGCGUUCAAGAACAUGACCGUUCCCUACGGCUGGGCGAAGAGGCCGAUGCUGGAGCGGGUCGACCGCGUCUGCGCCGACAUUCCUAUUUCCUUCAUUUACGGAUCUCGAUCCAGCAUCGACAGCAACUCUGGAUACGCGUUCAAAAAGAUCCGACCGGACAUAGAAAUCAUUGUGAUCAGAGGAGCGGGUCAUUACGUGUUCGCAGACCAACCAGAGGACUUCAACCAGACGGUCCUUCGGCUCCUCACCUGGACCGAAGGGAAGAAGCUGUAGAAAGACACGGAAACACAAGCUAAAGCCUUUACACAACCAGAGGAAAAAGACACUUUAUGUUGCACUUUACUCGUUUGAGACACCCGUCACAGACUCGGGGGCACUUUACUCAUCAUUCCACACUCCCUGAGGCAGCUCAUCUGGCUGUGGGGGGGUCCAAACUCAGAUGUUGUCACAAGUUCAGUACAUUUUGUAAAUAAAUGCGAUGCCAAAAGUAGUUGUUGUGCUGGAACGU